AUGAAGCGUAUCCAUGCCCUGGAUGAGUCCUCCACAGACCUACUCAGCCACCUGGAUGACUGCAUCCUCUUCAUAUGCGAUGCUUGCAAGGCAUCAAAAGCUGUCCUUGUGCAUUGCCGUGUAGGGCAUAGUCAGAGUGCGGCGGUGGUGACUGCUUACUUGGUGAAAUGUCACAAAAUGAACUUUGGGGAUGCAUACGCCAAACUCCAGCAACUUAAACCUGAUCUCUUGUGCCCAAAGUGCACCUCAAAGUUGGGCUCAUUGUACUGGUGUGGGGAGCAGUGUUCCUGUAGUCGAUGGGUGACUCCUGCCUUCCUGAUGCAUAAAAACAGAGUGGAUGAAAUUAAACACAUUAGUAUAGCCACCAGAUCCGGCACCAGGAUAAAGUGA